AUGGACGCCAAACAUGCGGUCAUGUCGCUCACCGAGACCCUGAAGUACGAGAGGGAACGGUCAGCGGUCCAGAAGAUUGACCUCGAAGAGGAUAUCGAGAAGCACGACGCCACCAUCGCGAUGCUGACGGCCGAGAUAACCCGUCUCACCGAGUCCGAGCCAGGUAAGGGCGUCAAGGGGCUCGGCAAGAGGGAAGUUUCCAAGCUUCGUGUCGCCUGUGCGUUCAUGGCUCGCGGACUGAAGCCGGAAAAGUGGGUCGCCAAGCUAUUCGCGGACACCUGGAAAGAGCAGAUAAAGAUGACGUUGGCCGACAUGGCCUGGGAGGACGCUGUGCAGCUGCCCUCGACCAAGACGUCGACCAAGCGCAAGAAGACCACGUAA